AUGGCGCUGCGGCCCGGAUCGGGGGGAAGUGGCAGUUUUAUGUAUCCUGUUGGAGGAGGGCUUGGACCUCCACAAGGAAUGAUGCCCAUGCAGCAACAACAACAACAGGGUUUCCCCAUGGUGCCGGUCAUGCAGCCUAACAUGCAAGGCAUGAUGGGAAUGAACUUUGGUGCUCAGAUGCCUCCUGGCGCCAUGCCGAUGCAGGGUGGUAUGGCUAUGGGAAUGCAAGCCCCGGGGAUGCAGUUCAUGGCUCAGCCCCAGUUUAUGGGCAUGAGGGCCCCGGGGCCCCAGUACCCCGCUGACCUGCAAAAACAGAUGGCAGAAGAGCACCAAAAACGUUUGGAACAGCAACAGCGUAUGCUGGAGGAGGACCGCAAGAGGAGGCAGUUCGAGGAGCAGAAACAGAAGCUUCGGCUGCUGAGCAGCGUCAAACCCAAGACUGGAGAGAAGAGUCGGGAUGAUGCCCUUGAGGCCAUUAAAGGAAACCUGGACGGUUUUAGCCGAGACGCCAAGAUGCAUCCGACUCCCUCCACACAGUCCAAGAAACCAGACUCAUCGCCAUCUCACUCUUCUGUCACCUCUCACUCCCUCCCCCCUGCUUUCCCAGAGGACGAUGACGAGUUUAGUGACUUUAUACAGGGGCCUGUCGAUGUCCCCUCCACUUUUCCACCCCCAUCACAGCCUUCAUCUUCCCCAGCCCUACAACCAGGUCUCUCUAGCCAACCUUUAGCUACUGGUCCUGGUCAACACCCCUCCUCUUCCUCACUCAGUCACUCCUUAACUCCCUCUGUGUCCAUUCCUACUGCCACCCAACACUCUACUGUCAUCUCCAGCUCCCAGUCUGCAUUCCAAGGACCAUCUCUCGAGGAGAAGAUGUUUUCAUCCUGUGAUUUUACCGUUGAUAAGAAGGCCCAGGUUAGCUUUAAGUCUCAGCAAGGUUUGGCAGAGCUUGCACCAAAACCUCACGUGGUGGCCCAGUUUCACCCCAGCCCAAGAGCACGAAACUGGGCUGACGCUCCAGCCGACCUGGGCUCCGCCUUCCAUCUAACACCUGCACCCGAAACCCCAUCAACUACCACGGCAGCGCCCCCAAAAGAAGCAGCUGACACACCCCCACAGACCGUUAACAGCGGCGGUGUCGGCGUGUACCCCCAACAAGAACAUAUGCAGCCCAUGAUGCCCUCCUGGCUCUACAAUGAGAGUCUUAUCCCAGAGAUGUUCAAGAAGGUACUUGAGAUCACCAUGACUCCAGCAGGCAUCGACACGGCCAAGCUCUACCCCAUUCUGAUGUCAUCAGGCCUACCCAGAGAGGCCCUGGGUCAGAUCUGGGCCUCAGCAAAUCGCACGACACCCGGCAAACUCACCAAGGAGGAACUGUACACUGUGCUGGCCUUGAUUGGAGUAGCACAGAGUGGUCUUCCAGUGAUGAGCUUGGAUAUACUUAGUCAGUUCCCCUCUCCUCCGGUUCCCAACUUGCCAGCUAUGGCCAUGGCCCUGCCCACUGUCAUUCCCCAGCAGCCAAUCAUGGCUCAGCCACCUGUUUCCAUGGCAAUGCCCACUCCUGCACCAGCUGUCAUGGGAAUGACUCCAAGUGCACCAACACAAGCUCCCACCAACUUCAUUGCCAACUUCCCUCCUGUCCAGGGGCCCAAAGCCGACGAUGACGAUUUUCAGGACUUCCAGGAGGCUCCUAAAGCAGGAGGAGGGGGAGGAGAAGAUUCAUUCACUGAUUUCCAGGGAGAAUCAGGGGGAACUUUUCCCAGUUUGGCCCCCUCUCAGAACAGUGGCCCUGCCAUGCUGACUCCAGUGUCUGGUACCUCGUCAACCUCCUCCUCUGACAAAUACGCCGUGUUCAAACAGCUGUCUGUGGAGCAGCCUGCAGCAGAUCCUACGCCUCCUGUGUCAGAUUUUGGCGACAAGUACAGUGUAUUCAGACAGCUGGAACAGCCAGCAGACAGGAAACCAGUAGGCGAAGGAUUUGCCGAUUUCAAGUCUGUCAGCGCCGACGACGGCUUCACAGACUUCAAAACAGCAGACAGCGUUUCUCCGCUAGACCCUCCAGACCAGACCAAGAUGUUCCAGCCGACGUUUCCCUCUCCUUUUCCUCCCUCUCAGUCCGCAACUCAGUCUCAAGCACCUUCUCUAACCCAGCCCAAAAACCCUCUCAAUAUGGCAGACCUAGACCUUUUCUCUUCUAUAGCUCCUCCUGCCCCUGCCGCAGACGCCAAACCCGGCCCUUUCCCCGCCACCGCCGCUCCCUCCCUGGUACUCCCCGCAGCAGGAGCAAAGCCUCCCGGUUCGGGAGCAGAUGACUUUGGGGACUUUGCCCUCUUUGGCUCCUCCGCUCCAGCAGACGUGACCUCCGCUCCUGCUUUGGUAGGGAGAGGUACGGGGGCAGGAGGAGGAGGAGCAGCCCAGGACGACUUUGCCGACUUCAUGGCGUUCGGGAGCUCCGGGGAGCACAAGACGGAGAGCAGCGCGUCAGGGCCGGCCGAGUCCGCCCCGCAGCGGCAGCAGGUCGGCGCCGACAAGUACGACGUCUUCAAACAGCUCUCCCUGGAGAGCGGCCUGGCCUACGACGACAGCAACAAGGAGAGCGGAGCCGGCUCUUUCUCUUCCCUCAAGAGCGACGCCGACGAUUUCGCCGACUUCCAGUCCUCAAAGUUCUGCACGGCGCUGGGGGCCUCGGAGAAGAGCCUGGUGGACAAGGUGGUGGCUUUCAAACAGGCCAAAGAGGAUUCGGCCAGCGUCAAGUCCCUGGACCUCCCGUCCAUCGGGGGCAGCAGCGUGGGGAAGGAGGACUCUGAGGACGCCCUCUCGGUGCAGUUGGACAUGAAGCUGUCGGACAUGGGCGGGGACCUGAAGCACGUGAUGUCCGACAGUUCUCUGGACCUCCCCGGCCUGUCGGCCCACCAGCCCCCCGCCGCAGAAGGAGAUGACUUGAAGUUUGACCCCUUUGGGACGUCUGGAGUGAGCACUCUGGCCAGCUAUGAUUGGUCAGACCGUGACGAAGGCUCGUCACAGGCUAAGAAGUUCCAGGUGGGGCCCAUGGGUUUAGAUAAGGGAGGAUUCCCCUCAUCAGCUAUGGUUCAAAAGAAGGAGACCUCUUUUGGAAGCUCUGAGAACAUAACCCACACAACCGUGGCCAAAGUAACCACCUUCCCCAUAGAGGACGGCGGCUCGUCCGCGGAGGGAACAUUUCAGGCCUUUGCCGACUUUGGCUCUUGCGAGCAGGGCGGGGCGGAUGACGACGAUUUCGGGGACUUUGCGAGCACGGUCUCAGAGAAAUCCGACUCCCCUCCCGGCCUUGCCGAGACGGGCUCAGAGGGGAACCAGGGCGAGGCGUCGGACGAGUUCGGUGCCUUCCAAGGGGACAAACCUAAAUUUGGCAAAUCUGACUUCCUCAAGGCCAGCUCUCAGGCAAAGGUCAAGUCCAGUGAGGAGAUGAUCAAGAACGAGCUCGCAACCUUCGAUUUGUCUGUACAAGGUUCUCAUAAACGGAGUCACAGCCUGGGAGAGAAAGAGAUUGCGCGCUCCACACCUUCUCCAGCACCUGAGCUGCCCUUCAGAGACCGAUCCAACACCUUGAAUGAGAAACCGGCGCUGCCCGUGAUCCGUGACAAGUACAAGGACCUCACAGGGGAGGUGGAGGAGAGUGAGCGGUAUGCAUACGAGUGGCAAAGAUGUUUGGAGAGUGCUCUACAGGUCAUCACCACGGCCAACAACACACUCAAUGGUAUCAGCAGUUCCACUGUGUGCACUGAGGUCAUUCAGUCAGCCCAGGGCAUGGAGUACCUGCUCGGGGUGGUGGAGGUGUACAGGGUGACCAAGCGUGUGGAGCUGGGCAUCAAGGCCACCGCCGUAUGCUCUGAAAAACUCCAGCAGCUGCUGAAGGACAUCAGCCGUGUGUGGAACAACCUCAUGGGCUUCAUGUCUCUGGCCAAUUUAACGCCCGACGAAAGUUCUCUGGACUUCUCCUCCUGCAUCCUCAGACCUGGCAUCAAGAACGCCAAGGAGCUGGCCUGUGGUGUGUGUUUACUCAACGUGGACUCACGCAGCAAGGCUUUCAAUUCGGAGACGGAUAACUUCAAGCUCACGUACGGGGGCCACCAGUACCAUGCCAGCUGUGCCAAUUUCUGGAUCAACUGCGUGGAGCCCAAACCGCCAGGCCUCAUCCUGCCCGACCUGCUCUGAGAAUCACGCCGCUGCUGCUAUGGUAACCUGCAUCAACCAAUCAACACUGGAAGCAGCACUGCCAGGUCUAGCGCCUCACACCAAGAUUCAGCUUGGCACUUCUACUAAAUGAAGGACCUUGGAAGUCACUUUGGAAGUCUCUCUCUCUCUCUCUCUCUCUCUCUCUCUCUGUUCAAGUUUAUUUAUUUGUCUCGUUUUUUUUGUUGUUGUUGCUGCUUGGUUUUUCAUCUUUGUCCGGGCUUCUUCUUCUCGACUCACAAGUCUACAUCUGCCCGUGACAUAUGCCUGCCUGUAGAUAACUUGGAAAAAAAAAAGAAAAAUGAUCUUCUCUGUAAUAACUUAUUGAAAUGUUUUAUGGAACAAAUGUGGUUAUCAGCGUUUCUUUUUUUUUCCCCUUUUCUCGGCUCUGGUCGUCUUCGGUCAAAGAAAGGCAGGGCGAAGUGAAGAGAGGGUUGACAGAGAAUCUGGGCUUCAGUGUUUUUCUGCUAAAUUGCUGUGAAAAGUGUGUGUCAAUUGUUUUGUUAAUCUAAUCUUUGUCUGUAAUGAUUGUUUUCCUCAGAGGAUUAUGGUGUGUGAAUGUCAAAAAUAUAAAGGAAAAAAAAAAAAAAGUAAGUUGCACACAGUUCAACAUUUAACAGUGCUGAUGAGCUUCACCACAGUAUGGGAAAUAGUGUUGUUUAAAACACAAAUUCUGAGAGACAAAUUAAAAACAAAUAAAUGCAGAAGUGUAAAUCUUUUUUUGUAUUGGUGCAGUUGGAACAUUCCUGUAGUUACUGAUUACUAGUGGAACAAAGAGAGGUUCUGAUUAUGUUAUUCUGUCUUCAGAAAUGACUUUCUACUUCAAAUGCUUUAUAUUUAAUUCAUCUGGGCUGUUAUAUCUUUGUGCUGGAACAUAAACGUCUAAGUUGGGUCUUGAAAAUGGAGAGUCUGGGUGUCAACAUCUCAAGUGAUUUUAGAAAAUGUUUAAUUAACUAUUCAAAGCUGUAGAGCCAUAUGGAAAGGCAAUGCUAUUUACUGUUUUAAAAAGAGGUUUGACAUUUACCACUUUCGAAUGUCUUUUCUAUUGUUUUGGUGAGUGUGUGUGUGUGUGUAUAUAUGUGUGUGUGUGUGUGUGUGUGUGUCAGUGAACGCUGAUGUGGUACUUGAAAGAAAGCAGGGGUGGCAGUGGAACUUGAAAUGGAAUCAAUCGUUUCUGUGAGUGAGUUGGUCUUGCUGCAGUCUUGCAAUAUCGUGUUUAUGAAAUACUAUGUAACAGUAUGACAUCUGAAUGAAAUUACAGCAACACUUUCAGUGUAGAUAACACAGGACUGUAAAUUCUGAUGUGUUGUGA